AUGCCGAUUGGGAAGGAUAUUCUGAAGUUCAAGUGCGAAGAUGAUUUUCCCACGCUGGAACCCGAAGAUAAACUCCAGGUUUACAAGCAGUUGAGCUCAACGGGAGCAGUGAAAAUGGCACUAAAUCAAGCAAUCAAUGGAGCGACCCUGGAUCCCAGUAUACCCGGCGGAGAGCAUACCCUCAAUGUCCCCAAAGAUAACAGACCCCGGGAAGAUACCACGCUCAUCUACUAUUGCUGGAAGAAACAAAGCGCUGAAUCCCAUAGUCUCCGCACUGUGGAUGAGAAGCCCCCCGCGGCGGCUCCGCAUUGCAAAGUGACUGUCACCGUCAGUGGCACCUCUCCACAGAGUAGCGCCGAGCAGGAACGUCCACCUCCAUCUGAAGGUGAAAAUGAAAACCACAGUAGCUUUCCCCCGAACGACAUCUACAGGUGCGCUGCCGGGGAACCAACAGAAACUACGGUGUCAGAACCGAACUCGGAAGUGAAGAUGAAAUGCGCCGAUGAAUUCACCUUCCAGCCAACUGAGACAUCCGAAGCAUUUGAUGGCGAAUGCGCAAGUAUAAAGUCUCUGGCCGAACUUGUUCCCGGGGCUGAGAGGAAGGAUGGACACGGCAUUCACUCUCUGCGAAUUCCGAGUCUGCCCGAGGGCUCUGAAUCCAAGGCUCUCUGCUACCAGUGCCAACCCGCAAGCAACGUGGAAGCAAAGAAGGAUGAGAAGAGCUGCCAGUUCAAAAUUAGAGUGAAACCUACUGCCGCAGCUGACUCGAGUGCCGGUAGGGGCGUGAGCGGUCACUCGACUUUGUUUUUGGCAGGUGCGGUUGUUGCAGCUGGUUUCGCGACUGCAUCGGAGUGA